AUGAAUCAAACGCCAACUACACCUACCAACAUUAACAGUAUUAAUACACCUCCCCUGCCAAAUUAUGGAUUUAAUCCUAAUGCACCAAUCACCCCAAUAAUAUCUAACUUGGCACAUAUAAGUAAUCCCAGUAAUCCCAAUAAUCCUAGACUACCACCCUCAAUACAAUUACCAAUGCAACAACAACCUAAUCCUGCUAUUAAACGGCAACCUAUUACUGGAAAAGGCAUUCUUAAAGUUUUAUUAUUUUUUGAAUAUUUAGCAGCAGAGAUGUUCCCAGCUAAAAAAGAUAUAGCGCAUUGGAAAAGAAUCGUUUCAGAAUUCUUUUCAGAGGAAGGGCGAUUUAUUUAUUUAUUAAGAAGUUCAACAGAUUUUAAAACUAAAAUUUUUGAUUUACCAACGCCAAUAAUUGCUAGAUUUUUCCAAGUAAAUUUUGAUUCAGGCGUAAAUACAAUACAGAUAACAAUGAGCAAUAUCAAAGAAAGUCAACAUCCUAUAAGCAGUAGCAUUGAGAAUAAUUUUAUAAUCAUAAUAGAAGCAAAAUCUCAAAUGAUAUAUAAUUAUAAUAAUGGUUCAAGGGUUGUGUUUAGUGGCAAAUUAAGAAUUAAACUUAGUUCGAAUACAAAGAUAGAGGCCUUUGAAUUUUAUACAGAUGAUCAUAUAGAAUAUCUACCAAGGAAUAGUGAUAUAUCAUCUCCUAUUGGUGAAUAUGGAAUAACGAUGAAAACUUUAAGAUGCUUGGAGGUUGCUGAAAUUGUACUUUCGUUAAAUGAUAUAAUAUCAACGACCAUUGAGCAAAAGAAGGGACCCCAACCGUCAGCUGUUGGUGUUGAACGAUUCGAUUUGUUGGGAAAUUAA